UGGCUGUGGGAACCAGUUUAAAACCGUUGACGUGAUGCCGCCAGCGAAUUAGUUGCAGUUAGUCGGCCAGGCUUUAAACAUGUCUCAAAGCGAUCGUCGGAAUUGUGUAUUUGUGAUUUGCCUUUUGGCCGCAUUGUCAGCGGUGUACGGCCAAGGCGGAGGUGUUACCUGGGGCGGAGGCAACAAUGCCGGAGCGGGUGCCUGGUCCAAUUCGCAGCAAGGUGGUCCCGGCAUGCAUCCACCCGGUAGUCUGGGCAAUCAGGAUCCACAAAUCAGUUACGGUUAUGCGGGCGUCGACUCGCGCGGAAACUACGGCGGAGCCGGUGGCAAUGGUGGAUACUAUGUGAGCGGUACAGAUGAGCAUGGACGUCCUUUCUCCUACAAUGGCGGUGUGGGAGGUCAACCGCUGCCUGGCCAACCACGCUAUCCCAACAACUAUGGAUAUCAAUCCAGUGCAAGCCUUUCUGUCGCCUCCAUGGGCGUGGCCCUUGUCCUGGCCGUACUCGUCUCGAGAACCUAACCGAUUCGAACCUCACAUUCAAUUUAUUUCUUCAACAAUUUUUUUUAAUAGUCUCUAAGUUUUAUUUAUACAAUGAAAUACCAAAAUUAUUGUGAUUUUUGAGCAAUAAAAGUGCGUUUGUUGGAUAUAUGCUAAGAAUCAAA